UCCAGUGUAAAGACAUUUGCUGGCAGCUGACUUGUAACAGCCUACUGUGCGUUUCUUGUGUUUCUCGGCGCUGCAGAAGCUUGUCAUUCUUUAUGAAUUACACCCAAAGCACAAAGCGUCUCUUUACAUUUAGUUGUAUUAGCUGUGUUGAGAGGACGAUGCCUUUGAGGACCGGACUUUUUCUCCUGAUGGUGCUGAACGCAUCUGCAAAUGAACUGGAUCAAAACGAGUCUUAUUCGCCCAGGAGAACACGCUUUUCUACCAACAGCCCUUCAGAUGUGGCACGCUGUCUCAACAGUGCCCUCCAAGUUGGCUGCGGAGCCUUCGCCUGCCUGGAAAACUCAACUUGUGACACAGAUGGCAUGCAUGACAUCUGCAAAUCCUUCCUUUACAGUGCUGCUAAAUUUGACACUCAGGGUAAAGCAUUUGUGAAGGAGAGCCUUAAGUGCAUUGCCAAUGGCAUCACCACGAAGGCGUUCCCCACCAUUCGCCGCUGUUCCACUUUCCAAAGAAUGAUAUCUGAAGUCCAAGAGGAGUGUUACAGCAAGCUGGAUAUCUGCACUGUUGCCCGAUCGAAUCCAGAUGCUAUUGGCGAAGUGGCACAGCUACCGAGUCACUUCCCCAAUAGGUUUUAUGGUAAGCUGCUACAGAGCCUGAUGGACUGCGAUGAGGACACAGUGGACCGCAUCAGGACCAGCAUGGUGUCGCGGCUCGGCCCAGAGAUGACCAUGCUUAUUCAGCUGCUGCAGAACAAGCCCUGCCCGUCCACUGCUGUGGCUGCAGCUGCCGCCAUCCCGACUGGAGUGGAAGGCCGUGGGAGCUGGCGCUGGUCCAUGGGUCCCCAUAUGUACAAGAUCCAGCCUAAUCUGCGAAACAGAGACUCUGCCAGCCAUUUUGGCAAAAAGCGCUCUGCCAGUGACAGCUCCUAACUUCCACACAGAUUCAGAAACUCCACAAAAAAACCAUCAUGAAAGCUCCUCUGUUCCCUAGGGGUGGUAAAACUCCGCUAGACUGGAAGUCACAGAAACAUGCACCUCUAGGGAAUGCGGUGAGAGUAGAUAUCAGAGUUUGAUUGUUGUUAUGUUGUAUAUCCUACACUUUAGGCUUGAGAGAACCCCCCUUCCAUCGAGUCCGCUCACAGUUAGUGUCGAACAUGUGGCUGUUGCAUCUGUGCGACGAAGCGUUCCUGUUCACUCUUCUUCACCUCAUCCAACAGAGAUGAAGCCUUGAGAAGUCGUUUGAAGCCAAGCAUAAAACGUAAAGAAAAAAAAAAAAACAGCCAUAGUGGUUAACGCCUCGAGAGCACACGUCUGUACUUUUAAGAAGACAAAAACACAAUCUCAUAACCCCAACAUUUGUUCAUGAAUAGAAACCAGUAGUCGGAUUAUUACUAGUUCACCGAUAGGAAUGGGAAAUUAUUGGUAGAUGUAGUUAACAUUUCAGCGAUGAGACCUGUCAAAUUGUGAGCAUGAGAUGUGGAAAUGAGUUUCAUAUCUAUUUCCGGUUAAAUUUACUGUACACUAAGUUAUCUGAGACAGCCAUAGCUCGCCCUCUAAAAGAGAGAGUGCUCACUACGGAGCAAGGUCCAAGGGGUUUCGUGAUAACCUUUGAGAGGUUACCUUAAACUGACCAAAAAAACUUCAAACUGCCCUGAAUGCUAUUCAUGAAAUACCCAAAUAGUGUAUAGCUAUAGAGCACUUAUUAGGGGUGUCACGAUUUUCAUUUUAAAAUAGAGUUUAGAGAGUUUUAGAUUUCCACUAUCGAAAUCAGAAGCAGGAUCAGCGAUUUCACCAGUAAUUUGACUUGCGCAAGUGCGAAUACAAAACAAAACAGACACAGUGUAGCUUACCGGGUGGUAGCUUGCAGCUAAAGACACAGGGUAAUGUUAGCUUACCGGUAGCCUGUAGCUGCUAUUUUCCAGACACCGUGGCCACUGCCGGAGAUAACAGAUAAAAAAAUCAGAACCUACUGUCCUGAAGUCACCGUGUGGAAACAUUUUGUCUUCCCUGUGAGUGAGUUAGGGAAACAAACAACGAAGGUAAAGCAUGUGGGCUCCAACGGGACUUCCAACACAAUCUCACUCCCAGCACGUCCAAAACUGACGCUUAGUCAGGGGCCUUUGUCAUUUGUUACUGGAGCAACUUUAGUGUCUCAGUCAGAUGUAGGGGGCUUUCAACUAAUCAACUACCUAAAAAAUUAAACACAACCCAUCCGCGGCGAUAUUUAACACUCUGGUUACCCAUUUGGUUACCCAUUUUUCAGCAUGCAUGGUAAAAACACUUAGUUACGGUUAGGGAAAGAUCAUGGGUCGGAUUACAAAAUGCACAUUUAAGUGACACGUGGGACAGGAAACGAAUCCCGGUCUCCUGUGUGACAGUCCUGUGUUGUUUGACACAUCCACCACCCCAACCUGCCUUCUUACGCUGAUUUUCAGUCCUUAAUACCACUCCCUACCAUUGUUGCUCUU